AUGGCCCACCCAAGCCACCCUCAACAUGAGCUGCACUUUUCCAAGAAGACGAGGUGGUGCCCGUUCCUCUGUGAUGCAUGUGGUGCCACUGAGAAAGGGGACUCCUACACCUGCAAUAUAUGCGACUACUGGAUACAUGAGCGUUGCGCACUCCUCCCUGAGUCUAAGGAAUUCCCUCAUCAUCACCACUCUCUCUCCCUCGCCUUUUAUCCUCCUCUUGAGUACAUCCGAUAUGAAUUUGUUUGUGGUAUAUGCAGCACAAAUUUGCCAUUGAGACGUUGGGUCUAUCAUUGCGUCCUUUGUAGAUAUGUCGUCCAUCUCAACUGCGCCACCUCCAUAUUUGGUAAUGAAAAUGAAAAUGCAAAUGCAAUUGAUGACGAGAAAGAGGCUACCAAGUUUCCAAUAGCAGUAGAAGACAUGUAUGAGGAGACGAUCAGACCCUUCGUUAAGCGACAAAAAGGGCAAAUUCUCAUCCCACAUUAUGAUCAUGACAAUCAAAACAUCGGUGGCAAGUAUAGCUUCUCCAAUCACCCUCAUCUACUAACUUUUAUUUCAUUUUCAGCUUCAUCGUCAUCAUCUCAUGCUCACUACAAAAAAUAUGAUGAUGAUGAUGGCGAUGACGAUGAAGAUGAUUUUAACAGUACUCCAAGAUGGGGAUUGAUAUGCGAUGGGUGUGCACUGCCUAUACGUGAAAAGAAGCAAACAUAUGAUGAUGAUGAGUGCGAGAAUGGUUAUAUGAGUUGUGAUGAAUGCAAAUACUUUCUCCACUUGUCAUGCUUCAACUUACCACUACACAUCACCUCUCUUCCUAUUCAUCCUCACAAAGAUCACAACCUAACUCUUCGAAAUGCUGAUGGCAAGCUAACAGGUUGGAUACGGUGUUAUAUUUGUUGGAGUUAUACUGAUGGUCUCUAUUACGCUUGUACCCACAAAUUAUGCGGGUUUGAAAUAGACAUCAAGUGUGCUUCAUUGCCCGACACCAUAAAACACGCAUCUCACCCGCGACAUCACUAUCUGAAGUCAGUCAGAGCUGAUGAUUUCAGGUUAGGUGUAUGUGAUAGCUGUUAUUUGCAUAUAUCUUAUCGAAAGGAACAAUACAAAUGCAAUAGCUGCUCGUUCUGUGUAUGUGGUAAAUGUGUGAUGCUACCGGCAACAAAUAAGCACAGAUUGGAGAAUCAUUUGUUGCCGUUGACAUAUGAUGCCCGUGUUGAUCGACCCGGUGAUUUCUACUGCAGCAACUGCGAGGUCCAAAUGGACCCCAGAAGCUGGAUGUAUCACUGUCGAGACUGCGAUCAGUCCUUUCAUACCAAAUGCUUUCCUGCUACAUCGGUGUGUAAAGCAUGCGGUAUCAAACACAUGGAUGAUGCCCAAAGGGCCAUCUAAUUCACAUUGAAUCAAUUUAAUCUUUUUAGUCGGGUGUGUUGUAAC